GAGCAUUAUCCGGAACUGAGGGGUGGUUUCGAGAGUGAACCACAGACCAUAUGGCACGACCCACAACGAAGAGCAGAGUAUAGCGCGGUCAGACACGCGUUGAGUGAGAGGAUGAGAGGCUUCUUAGAUCAGCAUUCCGAAGCUGCCGCUGCUGGAAAACCGCUUCCCAUUCCUCCAGAGCCACGUCAAGGACACCUCACAGUCAAUGCCCUGAACCAGCACUUGAACCUUGCCUCACAUGCAAAGCUUGGGCCCAAGACUAUUGUAGAGCGCUGGCUAGAUGCAGUCACGGUCGCCGACUCUGAGCCGGCACUUGAGAAAGAACCGUCCAAUACCACAAAUAUCACGCGACACUCUACCCUGCCAGGCACUUCCAGCUCUUCGUACGUGAAGUUACAGCUUACAUCCGCUGCGAAUGAUACUCUGGACCUAGCGCUAGCAGUUUCCGAGGAUCAUUCGAUUACCAUUGGGGUUGAUGAGAGUUACAAAUCAGUGUCGGAACCCGAAGACAAUGGGACUAAUGCACAAGCUCAACAUCUCAAUCACAGCAGAAAUCGUGGAUCAUCUGCUACUGGCCACACUUUAGUCAGUGGCGUGCCUAGCACACAGAUAAAGCCAAGCAAGGAGGCACCCAGUAUUUCGAGCCGAUCGUCUUGCAUUCUGUUUCUGCCGACAGCACCUGAGAAUCCACAGUCAGGUUCGAACGCGCCGUCAGCAGACACUUUGUUCAGGGAUGAAUCCGGCAAGCCUCCAGAGUCUGUUCUUGGGGUGCUAUGUGGAUUUACUGAGGAAGAGUGGCAAGAUCGGCAACGUCAGAUGAUGCAGACACGCAUAGAGAGACAAGCGCAGGACGAGUCACUCGGCACGCAAUAGCCCGCACAACUUCAUUGAGCAGUCGUCACCUUAGGAAGGACAGGCCAAAUAUACAAGUUCGAUGUUGUCAGAUAGUUCCGCCAACUCUGUCUCUGAUUUCUACGAAGAUCUCGCACUCUUCGGUCACAUCAGGCUAUGCGAUUGCGAGCAAUGUGUCAAACUUCGGCAACACUCAAGUGUUGACAACAGGGCACGGGUCUAAAUUCGCCACCUGGGAUAUGCAUAACGGUUGGCCAGAUUUUCUCGCGCUGUUCCGUCGAUGGGACAUGGGUUCCCUGACUUGAUGUCAAGAGGUAUCUACGCGCUGUGGCGUUAGGGAAGGCAGAUUAUAUACGCUAUUGGUGUCCAUACUGCUGCCUACUAUCUAUUGAUGCUUGCUA